AUGAUGAGAGCUGGAGCUCCAAUGCCCGAGUACAUGUCCAUGCAUGUCGCUCGGCAGAUCCUGCAAGCCAUUGACUACCUACACCAACGUGGUAUCACCCACCAUGACCUUAAGCCUGACAACGUCCCUCACAUUGCUCGGCAGCAGAGAAACCCCCGAGGUGGACCAUACAGCAGAGUUAUCACAUCCCUCAAACAAGACUUACAUAAAUAUAAUACCCACCUCCAACCAGUCCACAUUCCUCGCAGCAGCAAGAAACUGGAGGAGUUGUGUAGAAAGGAAGCGAUUCAGGUCGGCGACACGUGGACGAAGACUGGCAGGGGUGGCAUUACAACCGCCUUCAGUGCUACGAUCGAAGCACUUGACGCACGCUCGUCCCCCAUGAUGGGAACAACCGGUCAUUCAACUGGCAACACAUGGCCUUGCAUAGGUCCCAGUGAUUUCGAUCAAAUCAUGGUUCAAGCCCACUCGGGAGUUGACAGAUCCUUCCGUAACACGUGGGAUAUCAUUUCCGUGACGAGAAAAAACCAGGAGCUUGCCAAUCUUCACUUGUGUCGUCAGUGUCUUCCGCUCUGGGAGGACGAGAUGGAGAAGUGGGGAUGUAAUGGAUUGGGUGAGAGAGUGGGCGACCGAUGGAAGCCGAGGCCAAAGCGUGGUUGCUAUUGGGUUGGCGUCAGGUUGUUCGUUGACCGAUAA